CGCGCAAGCAAGUGAGUGCAAACUGCAAAGUACUUCGUAAGCUGGGCUAAUUCUUAUCACAAUCCAUGCACUCGCGAUAAAUUAGCAUAUUCCACCCGCUCCGCUCGACUGAAGCGAAUAGUCCGAUCUUGAACUGAGACUCGGCGUGCCUAUUGCAGGCACCAGCCAUUGUUUUCUUGCGGCCACUCCCGCCAAGGGCAAGCCUGCUCAGCGGCAAACGCCGGCCUCUUUUCCUUAGCCCAACAAGCAGACAGGCAGGCGAACAACACACUUCACCUGCAACAGACCGGAAUAGUACAAAAGAAGAGACAGAACCGCAACCCUCUUCAAAAAUGCCCAAGGCAGUCCAUGGCGUGUUGAUCACGUGCGAUCCGUCGAUCAAGUCCAUCAUCGUCGAUAUUAACAACACGCGCAAUGAUAUUAUCGUUGAGGACAUCGAUGACACGCAUUUGUUGAUCAAGGAAUCAAUGGUUGAUAUGCUAAAACGACUGCUGGAUCAGAAGCUUUCAGAGACCCAAAAUGACCAGGCUGAUGAGAGCUCCGGGUCGGACUCUGAUAAGCAGGCCCGCCCGGCUAAAAAGGAGUUCUGGGCAAAGAAACGAAAAGGAGCUUAGUCCUAGGAACCAGUAUAUUGUUUUCCAGUCCAUUGUGUCUUGGCAUACCCAGCAAAUUCCUUUGUCGGUGGGCAUUAUAGUGCUGCGGUCAUUUUGUACUCGAAACAUUUAGUUUGCGGUUCAUGAAUAAAUACAUAAUAGCA